GGUGAGCUUUAUGCACAUCCGAUUCCUGCUACGAUCUUUACCGCUUGAAUUCUCAGUGAUACCUCGCUGCUUGUUGACGUGUUCCGCCUCUACAGUGCGGUGUUCUACUACGCAUACUUCGCGAUUGUCAAUCCCACCUGCACGCCCCAGUUUUGCUCAUACCACGAAACGUAACUUUUUAGCGCCGAUACCACAGCAGCAACAUAUAAAACGAAGCAUGGCUGCUGGAGCAAAGAUUAUUGAUGGGAAAGCCUUAGCAGAGUCCAUUCGUGCAAAGCUUCGUGAUGAGGUGACCGAUCUCUCCGAGAAUAACGGCGGGUUCAUUCCGCACCUAGCCAUUAUUCAGGUUGGCGACCGUGAAGAUUCGAGCUUGUAUGUGAGACAGAAGCAGCAGGCAGCUCUCAAGAUUGGGAUGAAAUUCACCCAUCACAAAUUGGAAGCUACCGUUUCGCAGGCAGAGCUCCUUUCGGUUGUUCAUGCCCUUAAUGAUGAUUACAGGGUCCAUGGCAUACUUGUGCAACUGCCCCUCCCCGAUGGUAUGGACGAGAAAUUGGUAACGGAAGCGAUUGAUUACCAUAAGGAUGUCGAUGGAUUUCACUCCCUCAACAUCGGUCUGCUUGCGAAGAGGGAUCACGAGCCAUUGUUCGAACCCUGUACGCCGAAAGGAUGCAUUGAGCUUUUGAGGCAUGCUGGGGUGGAUCUCAAUGGAAAGAAAGCAGUAGUGGUUGGGAGGAGUAAUAUUGUCGGCAUGCCGCUUGCUCAUCUGCUUCAGGGCGAGAACGCAACUGUAACUGUGUGCCACUCCAGGACACAGAACUUAGAGGAUAUUGUGCGGACUGCUGAUAUACUGGUGACUGCUAUUGGCAGACCUCAGAUGGUCAAGGGAUCGUGGCUAAAACCCGGAGUAGUGAUAAUCGAUGUUGGAACAAAUCCCAUUCCCGACUCCACGAAGAAAUCUGGAAUACGUUGGGUGGGAGACGUUGAUUUCGAAUCUGCAUCUCAAAUAGCGUCGGCGAUUACACCCGUUCCCGGCGGCGUUGGACCAAUGACUGUGACAAUGCUGAUGUACAACACCGUUCUAAGUGCAAAGCGCUCCCUCAAAGGCUACAGAAGGCCUACCCAGUAUCUAAAACUGGAUCUCAAAACACCCGUUCCAAGCGAUAUCGAUAUUGCCAUGGCACAAAAGCCGAAGCCGAUCAAAAUUGUGGCAGAGGAAUUAGGCUUGUUCCCUUCCGAGUUCGAACUGUACGGUCCAACCAAGGCGAAGGUCAACCUCACCGUAUUGGAUCGCCUCAAACAUCGUCAGGAUGCGAAUUAUGUGGUCAUUACCGGCAUCACACCAACCCCUUUGGGAGAAGGGAAAUCAACGACCUGUAUUGGCCUAGUCCAGGCCCUAGGAGCGAAUCUCAAGAAAGUAGCAUUCGCAUGUGUCAGACAACCCUCACAAGGGCCUACGUUCGGAAUUAAGGGAGGUGCAGCAGGUGGAGGAUAUUCUCAAGUCAUACCCAUGGACGAGUUCAAUCUGCAUUUGACCGGCGACAAUCAUGCCGUAACCGCGGCGAACAACCUUUUGGCUGCUGCAAUAGAUGCGCGGAUGUUCCACGAAGCAACUACUCCUAACGACGAAACGUUGUUCAAUCGCCUUGUCCCCGCGAAAAAGGGCGUGCGGAAGUUCUCCGAUAUUAUGAUUAGGCGUCUGCAGCGAUUAGGUAUCAAGGAAACUGAUCCUGACACCCUGACGCCUGAGGAGAAGCGUCGCUUUGCUAGGCUUGAUAUUAACCCAGAGACUAUCACCUGGCAACGUGUGAUGGAUACCAACGAUCGCUUCUUGCGGAAAAUUAUGGUGGGCAUGGGGCCUCAAGAAAAGGGGCGUACUCGUGAAACCGGUUUUGACAUUGCUGUUGCCAGCGAGAUUAUGGCUGUGCUAGCGUUGACCACCGAUCUGAAGGAUAUGCGAGAGCGACUCGGCCGCAUGGUUGUUGCCAGUAAUAUGGCCGGAGAGCCCGUCACGGCAGAUGAUCUGGGUGUGGGCGGGGCACUGACAGUAUUGAUGAAAGAUGCCAUUAAACCCAACUUGAUGCAAACACUGGAGGGAACACCUGUGUUUGUGCAUGCGGGACCGUUCGCUAAUAUUGCCCACGGUAACUCAUCGAUCCUAGCUGAUAGGAUUGCUUUAAAACUUGCCGGUACGUCAGGACUGGCAGAUGACGACGAGCCCGGAUAUGUUGUGACGGAAGCGGGUUUUGGAGCCGACAUUGGCAUGGAGAAGUUUUUUGAUAUCAAGUGUAGGACUUCCGGAUUAGUUCCCAAUGCUGUGGUCCUCGUCGCUACAGUGAAGGCCUUGAAGAUGCAUGGCGGGGGUCCUGAGGUCGUGGCCGGCAAGCCCAUCAGCGACGUGUACUCACAGGAAGACGUUGGAUUAGUGGCCAAAGGCUGUGCAAACUUAGCAAAGCACGUCCAAAAUGCGCGCAAGUUUGGAAUCAGCGUUGUUGUGGCGAUCAAUAAAUUCAGUUCCGAUACACAGGCGGAACUUGACACAGUGAAACGAGCGGCGAUCGAAGCCGGUGCGUCAGCAGCCGUUGUAACUGACCAUUGGGCGCGAGGUGGUGCUGGGGCUUUGGACUUGGCCAAGGCAGUAGUGGAUGUUUGCAAUACAUCAAAGCGCGAGGGCGGUGCUUCGUUCAAGUACCUUUAUGAUGUAAACCUCCCUAUCGUGGACAAAAUCGAAACCAUUGCGAAGGAAAUGUACGGAGCCGAUGGCGUGGAGUUGAGCGACGUAGCAAAAAGCAAAAUUCAAUUGUACACGUCACAAGGUUUCGACAAACUGCCUAUUUGCAUGGCGAAGACUCAUCUCAGUUUAUCCCACGAUCCGAAGUUGAAAGGCGUUCCGAUGGGCUUUACGGUUCCGGUGCGAGACAUUCGAGCAUCCGUUGGUGCUGGGUUCUUGUAUCCUCUGUUGGGAGAGAUGCAAACCAUGCCGGGUCUACCUACGCGUCCAUGCUUUUACGACGUCGAUUUGGAUCCCGAGACGGGAAGGGUCUCUGGGUUGUUUUAAGUUUAAGUCUGUAGUAUCAUGUUAUGUAGGAUAGACGGCGCAGGCAGGCUACAUUUGACUAGAUCUAGCCUAUUGUAACUAGACGAAGCACCCCCAGGUUUUCUCCAAUCAAUGCAGUUUCGGUAAUGUUUGAAUUCGCGUAAUAUCAAGUAUCCGCGUGUAAGCAUCACCGUCUCCU